AUGAGGGUGCUCUGCGCAGUCUUUGCUGUGCUCCUGCUUUUCUCCUUGGCCACCCCAGGGUACGGGCAGUCUAAGGGCACUUGUGAUGGGUACUGUUCCUACGUGUGUGCCAAAAGGGACGAGUGGACUUUCAGCCAGUCCUGCGCGAAGAUGUACUGCUGCAUCCCCCCACCCAAAAAGGGAAAAUGA